CAUAUUCAAUUUAAUUGAGUAUUUAAAUAAAAUUGAGUAAUUUCUAGAAACAAUGGCGUAGUUUAUUUAAUUUUGGAGUGUUAUCUUAAAAUCACAAAUUUCAUUAAUAUGAAUUUUUCAAAAUCAUUUUUAACAAUGGUUUGAAUUUCGUUCUUGGGAACUGCCCUCACUCCUCAGUCCUCCCUCCCAUCCACACUCUGAACAAUCACGCCGCCCGCAAGGCGUACGGCGAGGACGAUGAUAUCGUCGUCAGUGAUGAUACGGCGGUUUUGCUGCUUCAGCUCCGCCUCUUCACCUAGUACUACUAUCGCCGCGAAAUCCAUUCCUGAGAAGAAUCGUCUUGUCUUCUUGGGUUCCCCUCAGGUAUGUGUCUCCGUUCUCGACGCUUUAUUAGAUGCAGCUGCGGCGCCUGAUUCAUCCUUUGAGGUCUCUGCAAUUGUCACUCAGCCUCCCUCUGGAAGAGAUAGAGGAAGGAAAGUUAUGCCUUCGCCAGUUGCACACCAUGCACUUGAAAGAGGCUAUGCUUCCGAUUUGAUUUUCACACCAGUGAAGGCAGGUGAGGAACCCUUUCUUUCAAAGCUUAAAGCUUUGAAACCUCAACUCUGUGUCACCGCUGCUUAUGGGAAUAUUUUGCCAUCAAAGUUUCUAAACAUCCCAUCAAAGGGCACAGUCAAUGUACACCCAAGCCUGCUGCCUUUAUACCGCGGUGCUGCCCCCGUUCAAAGAGCGCUGCAGGAUGGUGUCAAAGAAACUGGGGUAUCACUAGCAUAUACGGUUCGCCAACUUGAUGCGGGACCAGUUAUUGCCUAUGAAAAAUUGGAAAUUGAUGAUAAAAUAAAGGCUCCAGAAUUACUUGAGCUGCUUUUUGCUCUAGGAUCCGAACUUCUAAUCCGAGAGCUUCCCUCAAUUCUUGAUGGAUCGGCUAGGGUUAAAGCACAAGAACAAGAUGAUUCUAUAGCUACCUUGGCUCCAAAGAUAUGUCCUGAUGAGUCGUGGCUAUCCUUUGACGAAGAGGCAAGCACCAUUCACCACAAGGUUCGAGCAUUUUCUGGGUGGCCUGGAACUCGAGCUAGACUUGCGGUUUUUGAUUCUAGAAGCAACCAGAGUAGCAUUAUAGAGCUGAAAAUCAUCACCACGAGAGUUUACAGCGGCAGAAUAACUCAGGAUGGUAAAACUGAUGAGCUGUUCUUCAGCAAUGGAUCACUGAUAGUUCCAUGUGGUGGGAGCACAUCACUUGAAGUACUGGAAGUUCAACUCCCUGGCAAAAAAGUGGUAAAUGCAGCUGCAUUUUGGAAUGGUUUGCGAGGCCAGACACUAAAGAAGAUGCUUACAGAGAAGCUAAUGAACACAUCAAGGUGCACAAUAAUGGCUGAUAGCCAUGCCCAAGUUCUCACAUAAGCAUAGUUGGAUCAGCUUAAAGAAACCGGACACGUGCAAAAAAGUCAACACUUGAGGCGUUCAACUAGGUCUGUGAUAUAUAUGAUUCACUGCAAGAUGGCUCCUGACCCCUCUCCACCGAGUCACCUUAGAUCCCACCCACAGGUUCAUUAUAAUCUGCAUGGUCUCUUUUCUUUUGUUACUAUUACCAACUGUGACUUCUUUUUCGGAUGACUGAUUAUUCAAAGAAGUGGAUUUAUUUUUUCAAGUUUGUGAGGAUAUGAGUUAACUUAAGGAAAUGAAAAUUGAUUCCUUCU